CAGUAGCGAAAUCUUGAACUUUAGAGCCUCGAGAUGUCCUGGCUAACAGACACAAUCGGCAAAGUCCGGGAGCAGGGGAGCUCAUUGGUCUCAGCAGCUAAGCAGGUCAGGAGUAGACUCUCCUCGGAGCACGGGGAUGCAGAUGCACACUUGGAGUCAAAGGUGCUUUCAGCUGUGGCAGCAGGGCCAGGUGCAGCGGAACAACUGUGCCAGGCAUGGUCGAGGCAGCUCAACACUGCGGCCAGCGUUUCCGGCAGCAUCGCAAAUGACGCAUUUUGGCAAACUUUGUUGCGCAGCCGAGCAGCUGAGUUGAUGCUGCAGGGUCACAGUGCUCAUCAUGCUAGUCCAGCCAGCCCCUACGAUGGCAGUGCUCUUCGAUUGCUGAUUGCGCGUGUGCUUCCCGACGAUCAUGCAGCGCUUGGUCAGGAGAUGGUGACCUUGAUCACAGGCGAACGUGGAGACCUUGCCAGCGAUGACCACACCAGAUUUGCUUCAGAACUGCUAUCCAGCACCAAGGUAGAUUGGCGUUCAGAGGCCUAUUUGGCAGAAAGAUUGGAGCUCAUAAAGGCCGCCGAGAAACAGUCUCAGGAUUUGCAGAAGUUGGGCAUCAGGGCCGGGGAGCCUUUAGACAGGCCAGCCCAACGUGUUCAGAUAUCUUCGCAACUACUAGGAAACUAUGAGGAGUUAAGUCAAAGCUUGGAGGAGGCCGCCAAGCAUUGUGUCUCCACCGCCGAGGCCCGCAAGCAAAGCUUGACCAUGCUUUUGGAUGGUGUAGAGGCAUACGCGACAUCGCUGGAAGGGGAAGCUGUUGGGCACAAACAAAAGUCCUUGCAAGCGAAUCUUCGCCAAUCACACGAUUCGCUUUCACAAGAGCUGGCGAAGAUAGAUGAGCAAAGAGAGUCAGCAGAUCGCAAGAUUGAGUCACUAGAAACCCAAAAGCUGCAUAUUCGUCAGAAGCUGCAGAGCGUAGAUGACAAGCUGCAUGCUGCGCGAGAAGUGCAGCGUUCAUGCUUCGCAGAACGAGAUGCUUGCAGAAAAGCAGUGGCUGACAUCGAGGGGCAAUUUCGAUUGCAGCUUCGGGAGGCGGAAGAAGAAGGACUCCUGGCUACAAAAGAGCAUGAGGCUGCCAAGAAGGUGAGAGAGAUGGCAGCACAGGCAGAAUCUUUAUCAUCACAAGCCCUUGCUGCAGCAGUAGAUGAGCUCAAGACAAAAACUGUACAAUUUGACAGUCAUCUCUUGACUGUUUUGAUGGAUCAUGUAAGCCAAGAGGAAAGGAGAAUCGAGCAGCUCGGACAUGAAGCUGAGCAUUGUUUGCAGAUUGUUCAAAAGCACAAGGCUGAAAUUCAGAUGCUGAAUGUCAUGGACCGGCCAGCACAUACUGUCCUUGACUCUUUGGAACACAAGCGCCUACGCCAGACUGCUGUUGCGGCAGACACAGCUUUGAAAGCUUGUGCAGCCUUUGUCCGUGACUUUGGUCCAUUUCUCGAGAAGAAUGUUGAGGCGCAAGCUCGACUCAAGAAACUUGAAUCAGACCAUGCACAAGUGUUGCGCAAGUUGGCUCCCUGUCGUGAGUUUUUGGGAGUUCAAUCCGAGGCAUCGCAAAUGAGAGGAUCCACCCCAACACCAUCCAUUCCAGCAGGGACACUGGACAUUCCACGACCUGUUUCACAGCUUCAAGCAACUUCUGCAUCGCAGGCCAUGAACAACUGCAUGCCCGAACCCUCUCAUACACCACCAUUGUUGGAAGACCCGCAGCUAGAGCUGCGACAGCCAGGGCUGCAGCAAGAUCUGCAGAUCAUGCCGCGCAGAGACCAGCAACAGCAAUCGCAGGAGCCAGUGGAUCACAAGCAGGAUCCAUCCAAGCCACAAGGCUACCCACAGCCACGAGUACAACCCCAAGAGACCUCGCAAACACAACAGCUGCACCAGCAGCAAAUGCAACAAGAGCAGCACCAGUACCAACAACAGCAACAUCAGCAACCACAACAGCAACAAUACCACCCGCAAUCUUUGAGCAUUGAAGCCAAGCAAGCCGAAAAAACCUAGGAACAUGCAGCCGGAGCAGCAACAUACAACGAAGUUGGUUUCCCCACAGUGAUCCAAUGUUUGUUCUAGCUGGAGGAAGCUCGUCCAAAAGCUGCUCGAUAUCAGGUCCUUUGCUGACGAUUGUGAAGUGUCUCUCAAAGUGUCGAGGCAACUCGAAUGUGGAAAGAUCUUUGCCGAUUUGAGAAGACUCACUCAAGUGAGUCACUUAUUGGUGACUCUACUUUGGAUCACUCAGUUCUGGGCAUCACUUCAGUGUCGCAGUUCAUUUGGAGCGACAGGGACUCGGGACAUGGACGGCAGUUGGACGCGAUUAUGGUCUUGCGGGUGUCAUUAAGGUGUCACACAUGUGAUUAGGUCUCAAGCACAAGAAGUGCAGGCCGCAACACAUGAUUGUCUCGAAUUCAGCGUGUGGAGCUUGCACAUCAUGUUUUAUCGAAGCAAAAAGGCAUGAGGCAGGUCCGCUAGAGUUUACUGUGCUUUCUACGGUGAACAACAGUAUUUCUGUCAGAGCUAGUUGCAGGUCAUCCAUUUCCAAUUUCGUUGUCC